AGGAUCGAUAAUUCUAUGUUUUCUACGAUUGAAUCGAUCGAAAAAUAGAAAGAAAAUAUUGAUAUUUUCAUCAAAAAUGAAGUGUUUGUUACUAUUCUUCGCCGUGUGUCUUGUGCACCAAUGUGCAGGAGCUCCAGGUGACGGUUUGAUAUUCGCACACGUGGUCUUCAGACAUGGUGAUCGUAAUAUUUACACACCCUUUGGAAAAAAUGAUCCGUUUUCAAAUGAGAUAAAGUACUGGCCGGGUGGAUUUCAACAACUCACCGACUUGGGAAGACAGCAACAAUAUGAACUGGGACAAUACCUUGCAAAAAGAUAUAGAAAGCUUAUUGGGAAUAAGUAUUCAGAUAGCAAAGUUUACUGCCGAAGUACUAACAUCACACGUGCAAUGUUAAGCGCUUAUAAUACACUGGCUGGCAUGUUCCCAUCAUCCUCAAAAGAGAAAUGGAAUCCAAACCUCGAAUCCAAAUGGACUUCACAGGUAAAUACAAUUCCUGAAAUCGAAGACUUUGUUUUGGCCACAAAAAAACCAUGCAAACAGUGGUUGGAUGGGCACACAGAAGUCGCCAAUUCACCCGAAAUGAAAAAUAUAGUCAGUGAUAACGCUGCAUUGUUUGAGAAAUGGGAAAAUCUGGCUGGCAGACCGAUUAAAAAAAUUGGUCAUGUUAAUGUGCUUUAUCAGACGCUUAAAAUUGAAAAAAUGAGAGGUUUUGAAGGGUUUCCAAGUUGGGCCGAAGAGUUGGUGAAGGAAGGAACCAAUUUUGAAAAAAUUGCCUUCAAAGAUUUUGAAUUCUAUGGAAAGACACCAAAAAUGGCAAGAAUCCGACCAGGUUUUCUGCUUAAAGAAAUUUUGGAACGUUUUAGCCAAAAAGCAAGUGGAAGCUUAACACCAGAUCGAUCACUUUGGCUUUACUCAGCUCAUGAUGUUACGAUUGCAAACAUUUUGGGUGGACUUGGUGUAUACAAUGACCCGAAAAAUAACUUACAAGCUCACAUUCCACCCUAUUCUUCGUGUGUGUUUUUCGAACUUCAUCGGAAUAAAGGAAAAUACCAUAUUGAAGUCUAUUACAAAAGGGACCGUGGCGUUGACAAACGCCCACUUCAACCUCUUAGACUUCGUUGCGGACCAAAGUGCCCACUAAACGAAUUCUAUGACAAAUACAACGACAUUAUCCCAACCAAGAGCUUUGACGAAGAAUGUCAUAAUUAAAGUUUAUAAAGCCACCUUCAGCUAUUUCAUUCAUUCAUGAACGAAGUACAAUUAUCAUCUAAUGUUAUUUUGACUGAAGUGACAUCAAUUUGAAAAAAACAUCCACACAAUAAUUGUAAUAAAUGAAAUAGUUUCUUUUUUGCAUGGUUUUUAACUAAUGACGAAACA